GGCAGACAUCGCUCUCAUUGGAUUGGCUGUCAUGGGCCAGAACCUGAUCCUUAACAUGAACGACCACGGAUUUGUGGUCUGCGCAUUUAACAGGACGGUGUCCAAAGUGGACGAGUUUCUGGCCAACGAAGCAAAAGGCACCAAGAUCAUUGGAGCCCAUUCACUGCAGGAGAUGGUGUGCAAGCUGAAGAAGCCUCGCCGGGUGAUGAUGCUGGUGAAAGCGGGUCAGGCCGUGGAUGCUUUCAUCGAGAGCCUGGUUCCUUUACUGUCGCCUGGUGACAUCAUCAUCGAUGGCGGGAACUCUGAAUACCGUGACACUAUGAGGCGAUGCAAAGAACUGAGGCCAAAAGGGAUCUUCUUUGUUGGCAGCGGAGUCAGUGGCGGGGAGGAUGGAGCAAGAUAUGGGCCCUCUUUGAUGCCUGGAGGAGACAAGGAAGCUUGGCCGUAUAUUAAAGAUAUCUUCCAGAGCAUAGCCGCCAAGGUUGGGAAGGAGCCAUGCUGUGAUUGGGUGGGUGACGAAGGUUCUGGCCACUUUGUGAAGAUGGUGCACAAUGGCAUUGAGUACGGUGACAUGCAGCUGAUCUGUGAGGCUUACCAUCUGAUGAAGGACAUCCUGCAGAUGGAUCACGAUGAAAUGGCAAAGACAUUUGAAGAAUGGAACAAGACUGAGCUGGACUCCUUCCUAAUCGAGAGAUCACAGCCGACAUCCUAAAAUACCGGGAUGCCGACGGCACUCACUUGCUGCCCAAAAUCCAGGACACAGCCGGGCAGAAAGGAACGGAAAAUGGACGGCAAUCUCUGCUCUAGAUUUCGGUGUUCCUGUGACCCUCAUCGGUGAAGCCGUGUUUGCCCGCUGUCUGUCGUCGCUAAAGAAUGAGCGCAAAGUGGCCAGCAAGCAGCUACAAGGACCAAAACAUGUCCCCUUUAAGGGUGACAAGAAGGCAUUCCUCGAGGACAUCAGGAAGGCACUAUAUGCAUCCAAGAUCAUUUCCUACGCACAAGGAUUCAUCCUGUUCCGCCAGGCGGCUCAGGAGUUUGGCUGGAAGUUGAAUUAUGGCGGGAUCGCUAUGAUGUGGAGGGGAGGCUGCAUCAUCCGCAGUGUGUUUUUGGGCAAGAUCAAGGAAGCCUUCGACAGGAAUCCAGAUCUGCAAAAUCUCUUGUUGGACGAUUUCUUCAAAAAGGAGAUGCACAACUGCCAGGAAUCGUGGCGCAGAGUAGUGAGCACCGGAGUGCAGUACGGUAUUCCUAUGCCAUGCUUUACCACCGCACUGGCUUUCUAUGAUGGUUACAGGCAUGAAAUGUUACCAGCCAACCUCAUCCAGGCCCAGAGAGAUUACUUUGGUGCUCACACCUACGAGCUCCUGCCUAAGCCGGGAUAUUUUGUUCACACAAACUGGACUGGACACGGUGGAAACGUGUCGUCCUCUUCAUAUAAUGUCUGA